AUGUCAAUUGAGGGUUGCCCCGACCAGUGUCAGGCCUUAGCUUUACCUGACGAUGGGGGGCUGGAGGCUCUGGGUUUGAUGCUAAGCGACUAUGAAAAUGCCUUCGUGCAUCCGGCUGAAGGUGCAAACGUUGUUGGGUGCCAUGAUUCCUCCGAUUCCUCCACCUCCUCUUCAUCAACGGUUACAUCCACCAAACCCCCAAAGGCUCAGAAAAGAACCUUCAUCAAAGCAACCAAAGCAGCCAAAGCAGCCGAGCGACAUGGAAGACCCAGCAGCCUUCCCACCCUUUCUCAACUUCUAGCAUCAAAAUCGACGACAGUGUUCAAGACCAGAAUUCCAACACCAGCAUUACAAAUGGUGGUUACUCCUACUUUGCCAUUGAUGGACCCUCAAAAUCCAGAAGCUCAGCAAGGCAAUGUUUCAUCCUCCCAGCCACAGAUUAUCCCUUCAGAUGGGUCUAAUUACAUGCCACCAUCUGCUUCUCACCCACUGUUGCCUACUCCCUCAUGUCCUGCAUUGCCUGCCCCCUCACGUCCUGCAUUGCCUGCUCCAUCUGCUCCAUCAUGUGCUGCAACCCCCCCAGCUGCCUUGAAGCUGCCAUUCCCGCCUCCCCCUCCUAUUUCUCCACCACCUCUGCUGCCAUCUCCCUUUACCGCCCCAGCCAGCUUGAAGCCGAGUACGUUACCAGCUCAAUCUCCCAUCCUGCAGUCUGUAAGACCAGUACCCUCCGACAAUGCCUCAGCAGCAAAGGAUGCAGAAGUUGGUGUCGGCAGCACUGUAGCCCUUAUACACAGGUCGGACCCAAUCCCACAUGAUGCUCCCUUCACUUCGACCCAACGCCUUCCAGGAUUCCAGACCGGGCAACUGAGUCUCAGCAAGCGAACUGCUGAGGAUUCUCUGGGUAGCAGUGUCAUUCUUAAAAGAAUGAAGAUGGAUGGAAGAGGUGGUGGUAAUCACAAGGGGAGCCUCACGACGAAAGUGGUAGAGGCACCUGGAGGGACUGAGAAGGUUGUACCCCCCCUUAUCAGCAUCGUCUUCCCAUCUAGUGCACCCCUUUGGGUGGUGAUGGUCUUGGAAUUGUUCACGUCGCAUGAUUUCAGGCCCGACUGGACCCAAGUUGUCUACUCAUGGGUGGCAUUUCAGUCUGCGAAUGGUUUCGACAGCAGCGACAAAUUACCCACCAACUACCGCCCCAAUUAUGCAAAUCUCGAUCUUAUCCAGAAAUUUCAAUUGCCCUUCUGGGCGUGGUGGGCGAAUCUUCAGCCUGAAGGCCAUGUGGGAGCAUAUGAGCACCCCAUCGAGGAUCUUGAACGUGAAGACGACAGACGCCCCAUCCAAAUUCAUCCAUUGACAGAUAUUAGUUGGGAGUGCCUCAAGACAUGCUCAGGGAGAAAUGGUAUGGUCAGCGUUGUGGCAGCACUGUUUUUCUGGGCUGAGGGGGCCAAAGUUCUUCCUCUCACAACUCAUUCAUGUACUACGAUAUGUGAACAAUCCAGACUGACAUCGGCAGGCCCAGUGAUGAUGAUGAUGAUGGUGUGGGAUGGCUGUAUCAAGGUGGGAAGGGCGAGUGGGGUGGAGAAAGGAGAAGGAUGCUGGGCAGGAGGGUUCACAACAGGCUGGACACCGAUGUUCGAUGACGAUGACGGCACUCAGAGCAUGGAGUACUGCGGUGAUUCCAACAUGAGCUUUCCCUACACUCUGCCACCAUCGCCACCACACAAGCUGACCCAACACCCUGCACCCCAAGCUGCACCUCCAGCCAAUUACGGUGCCUCCCACUGGCAUAUGAACCACCUCCUUUUACAACAGGGAAGGCAAUGGUGGUACUGUUGUCAUGUCCACCACUGCUGCCAAAUGAGGCCAACCCCACUGCCAGCUCUUAUCCCUGUUGGACUACCACACAUUCCACGACAGCCACUUCAUUAUCCCACCCUUAUUCCUGAGUGGUGGAAGUGA